GAGAGGAAAACACAAUUGUAUUUUAACAUAAAGUAAACAAAUGUGUAUGUACAUCAAAUACACUUACGCAUUUUAUGUGAAAAUACAAUUAAUUGAUUCAUUUUUCUCUCUUUUUUAGGCUCAAAGAAUUAAAGAAUUAAAGAUCAAAGUUAAGAUUUAUGGAACUGACCUAUGACUGGGAGUAUUUUCGCACUCAUUUUCGUCUCACUUCACGAUUUGCUUUUUGCUGUAGCUCGUCCAAGCGUAUUUAAGUCAAAAUGGUGAAUCGCAAAUGUGCUCUAAAGAAGUGUUCCUCAGCGCAACCAAAUGCCAAUGUCGGUUUCUUUGCUUUCCCCAAGGAUCCAUUGCUAGCUACAUCUUGGUUCAGCUUAUUAAGAGAUGGACUUCCUGACCAUUGUACCGAUGGGCAUUGUGGUAACCUCUUCAUCUGUUCCUUACAUUUCGAUGAGUCGUCGUAUUAUAAACAUGGGAACUAUAUGAGACUAUGGCAGAACGCACGGCCUAAAUUGAUUGAGUUUGGUAGUGAGUUUUUUGUUGAUCCUGAGAUGCCAACUGAACCUGCCAAUGGUUCAACUUCAACUUUCUCUACCAGUGAAUCUGUAUCAACUGAAGCUGGAGUUCAGGCCAACCUUAAAAGCCAAGAAUUAACAGACGUUAAAAGAAAAUUAGGUUACCUGGAGAGGGAAUAUAAGAAACUUCGCAACAACCCACCAGUAUCUCACAUUGUUAGACAUCUUUAUUUACUCCAACCUUUAGUGACUCCCGAAGCCUUUACGUUAUUUGAAUGUGCCGUCAAAAAUACAAAUGUAUCGCCGCAGCAAAGGCGAUACACAGUUGAUUUGAAACAACUAUGCAAUGGCCUUACAGCCGAAAGCUCAAAAACGUUCAAUCUUUUCAGAGAAUUCUUCGCUCUUCCCUCAUCGACAACACUCGGUCGAUAUCUUCAAGACUCAUCUGAUGAAUCAUUUACAGCUCCAUCCCCAUGAACUGCAACUUCAUCAGAAUCUAUUCCAAUUCGAUCUUGUCAUUUUUGUAAUCCUAAACGUUCCUUUUCUGCAAUUUCCACUUCUGGUUCUGCUACCACUUCAUCUGUGCCUGUUCCUUCAGCAACCAAAACACCUUAAUUUAAAAUUUGUUUUUUUGCUCUUUAAUCCUUGCCCGUUAUAUCCAUUUAUCCACUUGUAACUUGUAACAUGAAAUAUAAAGAAUGUCUAUUUAACUUCGAAAACAUCUGUAUAGAUCUUAAAACUCAUGUUAGGUGUUUCAAUAAACAUACAACGACGUGUUUCAA